UCCACUUUUAUUCUGCUUUUUUUCUGAAACUACUUUCAGAAAACAAACAUUUGCGUGACAUUUGGAACGGCGGCUCUCUGCUCCGGAGUCCAGUGAGGAAAACAUCAACUUUGAGAAACACAUUUUACAUAUGUGCAAAUAUCUCACACCUCUUGUAUCCAAACAAGAUUUGCUACUUAAAUGCAGAUUGUUUGUCGUCAUAAAAUAUUUGUUUGUGCCUUUUUUGUCGCGUGUGGAGCACGUUGUGGUUGUGCUGAGCGUCGGGGCCUCUGUGGUGGAGGCCCUGUGCUGCACCGUGAAAAGCUCGUGCACGCUCCUCUUGGAGAAGCACGGCUCUGUCUGCACGGUGUGUGCUCAGCGUGGUCUUCAGCUGCCUCUGUAGGCUGAUCAAGGAGAAAGUUUGCAGUUGUAAAUGGUUUACCAGCUGAAAGCCACACAUACACACACACACACACACACACACACACACACACAGAUGUAUGCUGAGAGGGAAGGCUGGAGUGUGUACAUGAGGAAGUGCUCUGCGACCUUUGUGUGCUUCAUUCACACCUGGAAGUAAAAGGCAGGCUGAUAACAGUGUUGUCACACAGGUGGACGGGCAGAGAAGAGAAACUGCAGACGCUGAAGGAUCCAGGCUUGCAGAACAAAAAAAAAAAAAAAACAGAAGCUGAAGCUAUUUAUUUUACGCAUGUUUGAUUUGUGUUCCGAAGGUGGAGCGACUGACCGGUCGACAGUCAGAUUCACAGAUGAGUGAAAUCAUCUGGACCUUUGAUGCUGCCUGUGUUCUUUCCUCUGAAGCGAGGGAGCGGCGGCCGGUGAUUCUGCAGUCUGGACUCUCCCGGCUGCUGAGCAGUGAUGAGUUUUAGUUGUGGUCGUCAAUUACAAAAUAAAGAGAACGCAGCAGGUCCGGCGUCCGCGGGAGGAAUUCCGGCCCGUCAGCUAUUUUGGUUCCUGUCUUGCUUUCACUAUUUGUGAAAGGGGAUGUAAAAAGGAAGGAAGGAGAGAGCAAGUGCGAGAACGACAGAGGGGAGGAGAGGCGGACGCGAGCGGUCUGAGGCUCUCGCUCGAGCGCCACUCGUUUGACAGGCUGCCGAGAAGAAUUUGCAUUUAAAAGUCUCGAGUCUGCACGCGCUGCACAGGUACGAGCGGCUCCUCUUCUCUUUGCGCCAGAGGAAGUGAAGAGACGCCAUGGUUCGGUGGUUCCACAGAGACAUCACUGGCCUGCAGGCCGAGGACAUGCUGAAGUCCCGGGGCAUCCACGGCAGCUUUCUGGCUCGACCCAGCAAGAAGAAUGUGGGCGAUUUCUCGCUGUCUGUCAGGGUGGGUGAGCUGGUGACCCACAUCCGCAUCCAGAACACGGGCGACUACUACGACCUGUACGGCGGGGAGAAGUUCGCCACCCUGUCCGAGCUGGUGGAGUUCUACACGGCGGAGAACGGCAUCCUGCAGGACAAGGACGGCACCCAGAUCGAGCUGAAGUACCCCCUGAACUGCUCCGACCCCACCACCGAGAGGUGGUACCACGGCCACCUGUCCGGGCCCAAUGCAGAGAAGCUGCUGGCAGCGCGAGACGAGUCGGGGACCUUCCUGGUCAGGGAGUCGCUGUCCAAACCCGGAGACUUCGUCCUCUCCGUCCUGACGGACGAGAGAACCAAAACCGGAGGGAGGAGAGUCUCCCACAUCAAGAUAAUGUGCCAGAACGAGCGGUACACAGUGGGCGGGUCUGAAGCGUUCGACACGCUGACGGAUCUGGUGGAUUACUACAAACGCAAAGGCAUCGAGGAGAUUUCUGGAAACUGGGUUCAUUUGAAGCAGCCGUACUACUCCACCAGAGUGAACGCAGCAGACAUCGAGAGCCGGGUCAAACAGCUGGACCAGACCUCAGAGAAGCCAAAGGAGGGCGAAGGGGAGAAGAGCAAGGCGGGCUUCUGGGAGGAAUUUGACGCUCUUCAAAAACUGGAGGCAAAGGUGAAGAAGAGCAGAGAGGAAGGCCAGAGACCAGAAAACAAGAGCAAAAACAGAUACAAAAACAUCCUCCCCUUCAAUGACACCAGAGUCAUCCUGCAGAGCGCAGAUCCCAACGUCGUGGGUUCAGAUUACAUCAACGCCAACUAUGUGAAAAACAACUUGUCGGAGUCUACAGGCCAGAAGGUUUACAUCGCCACUCAGGGUUGCCUGGCAACGACUGUCAAUGAUUUCUGGCAAAUGGUAUGGCAGGAGAGAACGAGCGUGAUCGUCAUGACGACACGAGAGGUGGAGAAAGGACGGAAUAAGUGCGUGCCGUACUGGCCGGACGUUCACACCUCCAAACCUGCGGGAGCCUACAUGGUGACCUGCGAGCUGGAGAGGGAGGCCACAGAUUACAAAGUGCGGAUGUUGAACAUCGCUCCUGUGGACAGGCCGCAGGAAUCUCGUGCCAUUUGGCACUACCAGUACCUCAGCUGGCCUGAUCACGGCGUCCCCGAGCAGCCGGGCGGCGUCCUCAGCUUCCUCACUCAGGUCAACGCCAAGCAGGACGAAUAUCCCCACUCUGGGCCCAUGAUCAUCCACUGCAGUGCUGGAAUCGGACGAACGGGGACGAUUGUGGUGAUCGACAUGAUCAUUUCGACAAUCGACAACAUCGGAAUCGACUGUGACAUCGACAUCCCGAAGUACAUCCAGAUGGUGCGAGAGCAGCGCUCUGGGAUGGUCCAGACCGAAGCCCAGUACAAAUUCAUCUACCUGGCUGUGUCCGAGUACAUUCAAACCACCAAGGCCAAAGACUGCGCCUACAUGGAAACCGAUACCGAGUACGGAAAUCUGCAGCUCAAACACCAGCCGGCGAGCAGGAAGGUGUCAAAGAAUAAGGAGGACGUUUACCAGAAUCUGUCCAAAGGAAAGAAGGAGAUGAAGAAGUCAAAGUCGGACAAGAAAAGCGGCUCUGUGAAGAAAAAAUAAGGCGCUGCUGAGAACGUUUAUCAGAGUGUUAUGGUGUAUUUAUGCAGGUACUCUUUUACUGAAAAGGUCUUUCACUGGAGAUCAUAAAUGAUUUAAAGCUUUUGUUAAAAAAUGACAUGUUGAUGUCCCGUGUUUCACAGAUGUGCACGGUGCAUGUGUUUGUUAAAAUAAAUGCAGGUUUUCUGUGUAAACUGUC